AUGUUGUUUGUACAUACCAGCUGGGACAAGGGGGAGUUGCUCAAGAACUCGGAGUACAGCAUUGGCCUGGCCAAGAGUACAGCCAACUUCCUUCAAGUUGGCGCUGGUGAGAGGAAGAUCAGCUCCUUUGAUGUCUUGCUGGUGGAGUAUCUUCGCUUGAACCUUCACGUCCUCUUUGGUUUGCUCAGUGAACCAUUGGAGAAGUUCAUCUUUGGACCAGUUCUUGUAAUCGUUGAUAUUCAUGAUGUAGAGUUGUCAAUGAUGGAUGAUAACUAUGGGCCAGUGGAUUGUUGUAAUUGUUGUUGUAUUUGUUGA